AUGGCACCUCUCACACCCAUGACCCUCUCUUCACUCAAAGUGUCAAAACAUCAUAUUCCAGCUUAUCAGAACUUCCCCAACACCUCACUUCGUCCUUACCCAUUUAUGAUCUACCAUUCAGCUUAUCCUUCGUCCCUUUCGCCAACCUCCGUGGAACAGCACAUAUCUUCCAUGGGUAUAGUCAAGCCCGCAUGGAGAUAUACGAUGUACGGACAGCAUCAUUAUCAUUCGACCGUCGACGAGGUACUGGUCGUUGUUGAUGGUUCAGCAAGAUUAUGUUUCGGUGGAUCAGUAUCUAACCCUCACAAGGUAGAGAUAGAAGUGGGAAAAGGGGAUGUGAUGAUCGUCCCUGCUGGCGUUGGACAUGCACUAACAGAAGAUAAAGGAUCGUUUGAGAUGGUUGGAAGUUAUCCGAAAGAAAGUGAUAAUUGGGAUAUGUGUACGGGAGAAUCAGAUGAGAAAGAUAAGAAUUGGGAUAAUAUUAGGAAAUUGAAGUGGUUGAAGGGUGAUCCAGUUUAUGGCGAUCAAGGACCGGUGGUGGAUGUGGGAAAAGAGGGGAAGUGA